AUGAGCUCUCGACUGCGGCAUGUCGCUGACGUCCUCUUGCUGCUUGGCGCGUCGCCGACGUCACCGUCCAACGAGACCAACACAUUUUACGUUGCUUUUCGCAAUUCCAUUCAGUCGAUCAAGCUCAGCGACGACGUCAACCUCGUCACCUACGACCAAACCGGCCGCAACGGCGACAACGCGACCUGGUAUCUCUCCACUGUUUACACGGGCAAGUGGGUCGGCCGCAUCGUCUCGUUCGAAGUGCGCAAUGCAACGACGCUGCCGACACAGCCGGUCGGAACCAUCGAGGCGCCCUGGCGCUUCCUUGGCACAUGGGAAGGCUUCAUGGUGGUGCGCUUAGCUGCCCGGAGCUCACGUCCCGAGUGCAAUUUAGUGAACGGCGUCAUCUGCCUUCUUGGUGAGAACGUCGAUGACCUCUUGCCGCUGCUGGAUGCGUACGAGUGGAUUCGGACCAGCGGCAACAACGAUACGAGUCUCUCAAAGUUUCCAGCGCCGUGCGGACCCGCGCGUCGAGAGCACUGGGGUAACGACGGGUGCUCUGUCGCGAGUGACUGGUGCUUUCAGGCCGCGCGGCGGCUCCCGCUUUUCGAAGUGCGCGGCAGCCUCUCGCCCACAGUGUCUCCGGCGCUGUGCUGGCGUGGCAGCGCAUACAAGACGCUUACUGCGUCAAGAAUGAUCUUUGGCCCGCGUGCCACCUCGUUCCUAGCGUCGCAACCUGCGAGACCUGUGCAGCGCGACUGCUUGUCGACAACAAUAACGCGCGAGGUGACGUCCUCCGGCGGUGCCGUGGUCCGCUCGUGUCUUGCUCUGCGGACGUCAACGUAUGCACGCCCUUCGUGA